ACGAGAAUCAAAGCUACCCAUUUACAUUUAUGUAGAUACAUAUUGAAAAGCUGAACAACGAAUCUCAUUAACACCCAAAUAAAUAACAUAGAAUACCCCGAAAAACAUAUGCUAUUCUGAAAACCUGUAAAUAUUUAAAGACAACUCUUCUGCAAGACCUUGGGUAUUGUGUGCUUUGACGCUUUUAUUCAAUAAUGUUAAGUGAUGAAACAAAAGAGCCGUCAUCAACAAACAGGAAGUCGCUACAUAAUAAUAACAGCGGUAACUUCAACCAAAAUAAAAGCAUUAAAAGUCUACAUGAAUUAUUUCUCGAAAUACUGGAUGCAGUGCUAUCAUGUGUCAUAGUUGCUCCUUGCGUAAUUGCCUAUUGGCGCGGAACUUGGGAACUAAUGGGUAUAUUGAUGUUCCCGCGAAGCAUUCCGCUUUCUGCGCUGAUGUCUUUUCUGAUCGGCGGUUUGGGACAUUUUUUUUUUACAGUUACGCAAUCUAUGUUUCGAAAUUACAUAAAUCCGGAUAACCGCCGUCUCACCUAUUACGUAAUAUCGCGCAGUUAUACAGCUUUAUUUGGUAUAGUAUGUGUUAAUAUGUGGCGAGGCUCGUGGAUUCUUUGCGAUUGGCUAACCAGUGCUGACUCACUAGUUAUAAUAUCCGCUGUUACGUUUGUAUCUAUUAUGUUCUUGAUUUCAACUCGCACUGUUCGCAAUUUGGGUGCUGCGCCUUAUUCUGUUACAAUGGACCAUAAAAGUGAUUAUUUUGAUGUCGACACCAUGUUUAAAAUACCAGGUUUUCAUCAACCUGGUUUAUAUGUACUCGACACUCUAUUUUCCGUUUUUGUGAUCGGAACAUUAGUUGUUAUUGUGUGGAGAGGAGUAUGGGGUAUAAUGGAUAUAACUUUUUACCCCUUUGACAGAAAAAAGUCGUCUUGGAGCUCUUUGAUGCUCGGCUACAUAACUGUAUUCAUCACAUUCGUAAUCAAACCCAUUAUACGUUGCGUUUGCAAAAAAAUGGACGGUAUUUUAAAAUUGGUUAUAUGUGACAUGUUCUAUUUCCUCAUGUUUUUUGGAGCUGUAAAUGUCUGGCGCGGAAUUUGGAAUCUACUAGAUAUAUACGUAUAUCCUGUCGUCGUACGUUCAUCGCAAGCAUAA